AUGAAGGGAGCUACUCCUUCUCCAAGCCCGGCUCCCGCGCUGAAAGCUUCACCCGGCCCGAAGUCAACACCUUCUCCUGCCGCAGGGAGCAAACGCAAAAGAGUGGCCGCCUCCAAAUAUUAUGCGGUAAAAGUGGGAUUCAAGCCGGGUAUCUACUACGGGUGGCCCGAAUGCUUAGCUCAAAUCACAGGCUACAAGGGAGCUAUUUUCCAAUCAUUUUUAAGCCAUGAAGACGCUACUGCUUUUUUAAACGGGACCAAACUUCCAUCCGGCCACGCUGCGGAUGGCACCGAGAGAUAUUAUGGGAUACAAAGAGGUCGCGUUCCCGGGGUGUACACCGACUGGUCAAAAGCACAGGAGCAAAUUCGAGGGUUUACACGCCCACGAUAUCGUAAAUUUUCAACACGCGAAGAGGCGGAGGAAUUUGUGAGAGAGGGACAAACACAACCCCCAGUCGGAUUUGAAGACGCAAAGAAACCCACAGGCCCCCAUGGCAUAAUGAGUGAAAGUCUCAAAGAUGAAGAAGGUGCUGAGUAUGCUCCCGGAGAGGGUCCUCUACCACAAGGCACAGAGGAUCAAUUCGAUCCAAAUGUGCUGCUCGACCCUGCCACAGGGAAGGUGGUCUAUAAAACAGCACCUCAAAAGGCCGCCACCAAAACACAGGUGGUGGGGAUACCAGGGAUGCUCCGGAUAUACACAGACGGGAGUUCCUUGCGAAACGGGACCCCAUUGGCAUCAGCUGGGGUUGGCGUUUAUUUUGGGCCUGGGGAUCCAAGGAAUGUAUCGGAACCAUUGAAGGGUAGCCGUCAAACCAAUCAGCGAGCAGAAUUGACAGCAAUCCUGCGAGCUAUUGAUAUUGCCCCUCGACAUCGAGAUGUUACCAUAUUCACUGACAGCAGAUACUCGAUUGACUGCGUCACCGUUUGGUUUAAAAAUUGGCGCCGUAACAAUUGGAUGACAAAAGACAAGAAGCCCGUGGAGAACCGAGACCUGGUUGAGUCCAUUUUGGUGAAAAUUGAGGAACGAGCAGAGCUCAAGGUUCAGACCAUAUUCCAAUGGAUCAAGGGACAUGCCCAGGAUCCUGGGAACGAGGCGGCCGAUCGAUUGGCUGUCAAUGGAGCUCACCAGGGUGUGAAGCAGAAGGCUGAGGCGUUGGAAGCUACCCAAGACGUACCCGAUGAGACGUUUGAAGAUGAUUUCUGA